AUGACCAAGCCGCGAACCCACUCGCCUGUGUCUUGGUUCCAGCCCUACAUGAACUUAAUUUGGGUUUCCGCAAAGACAUACAAAGCUCGAGCAAACCCUGUGGAGAUAUCUUCUUUUGGAAGCAAACGAGCAUGCCUCCUGCGCCGCUCACACCAGAUCCGCCGCCUUUGGCAUCUCGCAAUUUUGGACAACCUUGAAAUACACACGAUCUCACCCUCGGGCUUUUGGCUUGUUCCAUUUUAUGAAACGCUCGUCCCGGGUUCCAAGGACGAGCAAGAGCCGACAAAGGGAACCCUAGCAAUGGGAAUGAGAUUCGUGCGAUGGUUUGAAUCGCACAAAAUUGUCGGAUGGAAACGGAAUGGGGUUGACCAGAUUGAACGUGGGCUCUUGUUCUAUGAGACAAAAACAUUUCCUGGCCCCCUCAACACCAGUGAUGCGGAAGCAUGCGAGCCGUGGCUGCUUGCCUUUUCCUUCUGGGCCUCCACAAAAGAGAGUCUGGGGAAGUUUAAGCUCGUGCGUGCUGUUCGCCACAAGAUCCCGUUUUUAGAUGCAGAUGGGGGCAAAACGGAGUUCAUGUGA